CCUGCCCAUCCUCUCCUCUUGCGUCCAUUGCCCAACUAACCAUCGUUGCCCGUUGUUACUAUGCAAAAGGUUGUGUGCCAGAAUGAAGCCUGUGCGCUACAAGGGUGCCUCGGGAAGAACACGUACUCGCCCGAGAAGUGCGACGAACAGAUGCGAAGGCUUUACUUGUGCUGCCAGCGGAUGUACGACUCGAAUUCGAACGCCGAUUCACAUCCGUGUCCUAUGCCGAGCGUUGUCGACCGUUGGCUAAAGUCGCAUCCGCCACAGGGCCAGAAGUCUUCGGAAAUCAGCGGGUGAAUCGAGAAUGUUGAGAGGCGUAACCUCGUAUAGAGAUUACUGACUAGACCAUGAACAUAUGAGCCACAUUCGAGACCUUCUACUGUAGGUAUGCGCUGAAAUGUGUAGCGAUCCACUACGUGUCACAUCUCAGAGCCUUCCAGUAGGCAAAUUAUCUGCCAUUUCCUCGCCUAUUUACUUACGUUGCGGCCCUUCAACUGGUCGAGGACGCCCCUUCAACGUCUA